CUCUGAAUACUUGGCAGGUGGUACGUCCGGAGCGUAAGCCGAUUCGAACGAUCAUUUCAACCGACGGGGUUCAGACCUAUGUUUAGUCGAGUUGGGCCGAUCGAGCGGAAGUAUGAUUCUGAUGCUUUAGCAUAUUCUCCGUGUGGAAAGUGUUUUCGCCUAGUGGUGAGUCCUUCAUAUAUAGGGUUCUGUGUCAAAGUUGAUGUCACAGCUCAAGCUUUCCAGCGAGCAGCGGGGACCUGAGACUCGAACCUCAGACAGAUACUGUAAGGGACUGUGAUAGUCUGAGCACCGGAGGUUACUGUCGCGCCGAUUCAUCAUGGCUGUACUUGACGAGUACUUGUGGCUGGUGGUCGUCGGGGCCUUUGUGGCAUUUGGUUUCGGGUUUGGAACAGGUUCCAACGAUGUGGCGAAUGCCUUUGGAACUUCCGUGGGAAGCAAGACGUUGACACUGAAGCAGGCUCUACUGAUUGCCGGAGUGUUCGAAUUUUCCGGUGCCUUACUUCUGGGUCGUGUCUCCACAAACACCAUUGCUGGAGGUAUCGCCGAUAUCACAGCAUUCACAGCCAAUCCUGAGGUUUACGCCUAUGGAAUGGUUUGUGCGUUGACCGUCGGAACGAUAUGGCAGAUUCUUUCAUCCUACAUGGGGUUGAACACCUCCGCCACCCACACUAUCAUUGGGUCAAUCAUCGGAUUCGCGUUGGUUUGGGAUGGAGCGAAUGCUGUCGUAUGGGCCCAGAAGGAUGAGAAGUCUUUCCCCCCAUACAAAGGUGUCGUUUCCAUUAUAUUGGCCUGGUUUGUUGCCCCAGUGCUCACCGGUCUCACAUCAGCCUUGAUCUUUUGGACUGUUCGAUUCUUGGUUCUUCGCCGCAAGAACGCCUACAACCUAUCCUUCUGGGUCUUGCCCCUAAUGGUUCUCGUGACUGUGUUCAUCAACAUGUACUUCGUUUUCACCAAGGGAGCCAAGAAGGCACUCUCCACAGGCAGCGACUGGUCGGAUACGAAGGCUGUCUGGAUCUCCAUGGUCAUUGCCGUCGGCAUCUCGCUCCUCACUGCCGUCGUUGUGCUCCCACUCCUUAAACGUCACUGCGAGAGGCUCUUUGACGAGAAUGGCCGACCCAUUGCCCACGUCGAUGGAACUAGAGUCGACAACACGGCCGAUGACAAGGGUAUUCCCGGGGCUAACCAAGAAAGAGGACAGGCAGAGAUGGCGGCAAUCGACACACUGGAGUUGGGACCCAAUGCUCCUGUGAAGGCUGCAUGGCACCAGAGGGCAUGGGCGGGCGCCACUCACGGCCUCAACGUUGACAUCCACAAGGUCGUGAAGACAGACGCAGUCAUCAAUGCUAUCCAUGAGAGAGCCGAAGUCUUCGAGCCUCGCGUGGAGUAUGCCUUUUCAUACCUGCAAGUUUUCUCUGCCAUCUGUGUGAUCUUUGCCCACGGAGCUGGAGAGGUCGGUUACAUGGCGGGACCACUUGCAUCUAUCUGGGAUGUGUAUCGAACUGGCACUUUGGCCAAAUCCGUCUCCCCACCUGUUUGGAUCGUUCUCAUCGGUGCUUGCGGUCUCGUGGUCGGUUUGGGUACCUACGGUUACAAUGUCACCAGAGCCAUGGGCGUGCAGUUGGCUAAGUUGACGCCUACUCGUGGGUUUGCUGCCGAGUUGGCGACUGCUUUGGUUAUUAUGAUUGCUGCCCAGUAUGGACUGCCUCAAUCCUCCAGCCAGUGUGUGACUGGAGCGAUCGUCGGUGUUGGUCUGUUGGAGGGAACUGAGGGUGUUAACUGGAAGCAGUUCGGCAAGCAGUUCUUGUCAUGGGUUUCUACUCUUGCCAUUGUAGGAUUCGGAACUGCUGCUUUGUUCGCCCAAGGAAUUUACUCUCCAGGUGCGAUUGAGGCCCGUUCCCUUACGGCCUACAAGGUGGAGCUCAGCACUCUGAACGGAGGACUAUACAAGGAGUUCAACACCACGCUUUAUAGUUUCCAGGCUGCCUCAGUGGCUGGUGCCGUCCCUACUUUGACGGCCGCUCAAUGGACCGCUCUCAACACUACCGUGUCGAGCGGUGCCUCGACGGCGAAGAAGUACAUAAAUGAUAAAAAGCCAGUGCCCCAGAAGAACGUCACCGCGGCUUUGAAGAAGACAUUGUCCCUGUACCAGAACUACACUAUCUUCACCUUGGGUCAGGCCAAGGUAUACCCAGGAGUACCAUUGUGUAAUAGUCCUGACGCGGCCGCGAUCGGCAAUGGCAACUUCACUGAGGCAUGCCAAAGCCCAAAGCUUUCAUCGUAGUGAAUUCUGUUCGGUUGUCGGGAGUUUACAUCAGUUGAAAAAAGCAUGAUUUGUGAUAUCUUUUGCAUCGUGGGCGCUAGCAGUUGUAGAAGUGUGUUCCACCUGGUGGAGCCUUUAGUACGGACAGUAAAGAAUAUUAAAGGUUGAAACUGGGAACACGUUCACUUCCAACGAUUGCAAUUUCAACAGAAAUUUGGUGUUGAAGUUUUCGCUCCUGGUUGAUUGAUUCCGAAAACUCGACUGUCGCCAAGGUGGCGAUUUAGUUCUAGAAACGAAGCGAUGGUCAGAAAUGGAAGAGAACCACGAUGGCAUAGAAUGUACUUGUAACGGGCGUAUCUUAGCAAAUAGCAAUGCAUGUUUUUCGUGAUCCCCAUUGAACUGCGAGCAGUUGGGAAAUAAAAAGAAAUUUGAUUCUCAGGUCUAAA